AUGACCGAAAUACAGUAUGAUACUGCAGUUGCGCAGGGUGUCCACGAUGGUCUUCACUCCCGGAAGAAGGGCGGCCUUGUCGAGAUCACUGGCCCCGAUGGCCAACGCAGAUCCACCAAUCUUGCAGAAAUGAACGAAUCCGAUGCUCAUCUCGCUGCGCAAUUCGGCUAUAAGCCUGUCUUCAAACGAGAAUUCGGCUAUCUGUCGACAUUUUCCUUUGCUGUCAGUAUCAGUGGAUUAUUCGCAACCAUCAUGACUACAUUUUCCUAUCCGCUAUAUGCUGGAGGAUCUUCAGCCGCUAUCUGGUGUUGGCUGAUAUCCGGUGCUGGGUGCAUGUGUAUCGCCUGCUCUGUCGCUGAGCUAGUCUCUGCCUAUCCGACUUCUGGGGGAUUGUACUUUACCAUAUCUAGACUAGCUCCUGAGGACUGGGUUCCUUCCGUCUCGUGGGUGGUGGGAUGGAUCAACUUGCUUGGACAGGUCGCGGGCGUUGCUUCUUCGGAAUACGGCGCCGCUCAGAUGCUGUUGGCUGCGGUCGCCAUGGGUUCGGAUUUCAAGUAUGAGAUUACGACGAAUGCAACCGUCGGAGUCAUGGCAGCCCUGAUCGUCUUCACUGGGCUAGUGAACUCGUUGUCCACCUGGUGGAUGGAAAAGAUGACCAAGACCUACGUUAUUUUCCACGUUCUCGUUCUGGUCACAUGCUGCAUCGCCUUGCUGGCCAAAACCGAGAACAAGCACUCCGCCAAAUAUGUAUUCACACACGUCGAUUCGACUUCCGGAUGGACGCCUGUUGGCUUCUCUUAUCUCUUCGGCUUCCUGUCCGUCUCGUGGGUUAUGACGGACUACGAUGCUACUGCACACAUCACGGAGGAGAUCGAUGAGCCGGAGGUGAAGGCACCAUGGGCCAUCUCAGCUGCUAUGCUGUUCACAUAUGUCGCAGGAUUCCUCUUCAACAUUGUUCUUUGCUUCUGUAUGGGGGAGCCUGCAGAUGUCCUUGGUACUGUCACUUUCCAGCCUGUCGGCCAAAUAUUCUACAACAGUCUUGGAAAAUCGGGCGGUAUUUUCUACACUGUCUGCGGAUUCAUCAUUCUCAAGUUUGUUUGCUUCACGGCUAUGCAAUCCCUCGGACGGACCGUCUUCGCCUUCUCCCGUGAUCGCCUCCUUCCCUUCUCACGCGUGUGGACAAAGCUCAACUCUAGGACCGGUACCCCACUCUACGCAGUCUGGAUCUCGGUCUUCUGGUGCAUCGCCAUCAACCUCAUCGCCCUCGGCUCAUAUAUUGCCAUAGCCGGCGUCUUCAACGUCUGCGCCAUCGCGCUCGACUGGAGCUACUGCAUCCCCAUCUUCUGCAAGCUUGCCUUUGAAAAGUUCGAGCCGGGACCCUGGCACAUGGGCAAGGCGAGCCUCUUCGUCAACGCCUACGCCUGUCUCUGGACGAUCUUCGUCACCGUCAUCUUCAUCUUGCCGACUGUCAGGCCAGUGACUGCUCUCAACAUGAACUACGCUGCCGCUUUCUUGGCUCUCAUCCUGGGCGUUUCCAAUAUCUACUGGUACGUGAGCGGUCGCAAGUUCUACAACGGACCGAUCAUCGAAGCUGAAGGGGAGGACGAGCUUCCUGGGCCGACGAGCAAUAACACUUUGGGAUCUGAGGAGAAAAGCAGAGGGUAA